UUAAACUGUGGCGGGAACGUCAUUUUCGGGUUCUUGUCCAGUUAAGACAUCCGCAGCUGGAGCGUCGGAGCCAGUUGUCUCUUCCUGUAGAAACAUGGUGCGGACCAAAGCAAACUACGUCCCAGGAGCCUACAGAAAAGUGGUGGCCUCUCGAGCCCCUAGGAAGGUGCUUGGCUCCUCCACCUUUGUCACCAAUUCUGCAUCGUGUUCGUCGAGAAAAGCUGAAAAUAAGUAUGCGGGAGGGAACCCAGUUUGUGUGCGCCCAACUCCGAAGUGGCAAAAAGGCAUCGGAGAGUUCUUCAGGCUGUCCCCCAAAGAUUCGGAAAAAGAGAACCAGCUUCCUCCUGAAGAAGCCGGGUGCAGUGGCUUAGGAACAGCAAAGAGAAAAGCACGUCCUUUGCAACCUGAUCACACAGAUGACGAAAAUGAAUAGAACUCAUUCUCCUGAAUAAUGCCUUCAGUUUACUUAGGUAUUCUGGGAUGCAAAUUUGGGUAGAUGUGUUUGUUCAAUUGGCUUGUUGAGCAGGCAUUCAGUUAAGGGGGGUGGCGCUAAAAUUUCACCAUUGAAAAGCAACUGGCUAUGAAAAGGGAGAAUUUUUAUAAUUUGUAAAUUAUAAUUGCAUACUUGAAUUUAUACUAUCAUAUGUUGCUUCUUUUACCCAUUAAGGUUCUUGCUAAAAUAAAUAUUGCGUGAUGUUCUAAUUACUAAUCUAAGUCUUUGAGAUUUGCUUAGAUCUUUGUACUAAUACCAUUUUAUGGGCACUUCAUUAUUGAAAUAGUGCUGUAUUGUCAUGGCUUUUUUGCUUUAAAAAGUCGGCUUAGUUGUUUUCACAUUAAAAAAUUAGUAUUAAUUAAAUUUAA